CCGGGCCCGGCGCCGAGGAGGGCGGAAGUGCGCGGCGGGGGCGCGCGGGCGGCGGCACCCCAAUGAGAGCGCGGGGGGCGGCGGAGGCGGCGGUUAAAGCGGAGCCGGGCGCCGGGCGGGAGCCGCAGCGUAGAGACGGGUCUUAGCCUUCAGAUCUAAUUGGUUGCCUGGCACUUCGUCGGUGGCAAGCAGGACAAUGGCUGCCAGCAAGAGCAAGAACCAGAGUUCCUUGGCCCUUCAUAAAGUAAUUAUGGUUGGCAGUGGAGGUGUGGGCAAAUCUGCACUCACUCUUCAAUUUAUGUAUGAUGAGUUUGUAGAAGACUAUGAACCUACCAAGGCUGACAGCUACAGAAAGAAAGUAGUUCUAGAUGGUGAAGAAGUUCAGAUAGACAUUCUGGACACAGCAGGACAGGAGGAUUAUGCAGCUAUCAGAGACAACUAUUUCCGCAGUGGAGAAGGGUUUCUUCUAGUCUUCUCAAUAACAGAGCAUGAAUCCUUUACAGCAACAGCAGAGUUCCGGGAACAGAUUCUGCGUGUGAAGGCUGAAGAGGAUAAAAUCCCUUUACUGGUAGUGGGAAACAAAUCUGACUUGGAAGAGCGCAGACAAGUGCCUGUAGAAGAGGCAAGAAGUAAGGCAGAAGAGUGGGGUGUGCAGUAUGUAGAAACCUCUGCCAAAACUAGAGCGAAUGUAGAUAAGGUAUUCUUUGAUUUAAUGAGAGAAAUCAGAGCAAAGAAAAUGUCAGAAAACAAAGACAAGAAUGGCAAGAAAAGUGGCAAGAACAAGAAAAGCUUUAAAGAAAGAUGUUGCUUACUGUGAUGCUUGGGAACUGUAAAUAUCUAUCUACUGGUGGCAUGGAUAAGAUACCACUAAGGAUAUAGGGCUGGAUUCAUGAAAGGUAGUCUGUAUUGACUCCUUUAUCUUUUGCUUUGCAUAUCACACCUUCAAAAUGUGAAAACAGAACUUUGAAACCAUUUCUGGUAUCCAACAAAACCUAUGCCUACUUAAACUGAAAUGUGCUCCGUCUUUCAGAACUAGAAACAGUUUCAGAACUACAAUCCUUCUGCUUGGUUAUACAAAGUACUUUCAUAUUAACUUCCUAGUUUACUCUGUUUCUCUUGAACCUCUUCUGGCCUUAACAAGCACAGCUGUUCAGGUUCAAACACUUUUUCCCCACUGUUGCUGCCCUCCUUGAUGUUGCAAACUGCAGAAAAGUUAGAUGACAUCUGGUAAAGGGUUUGAGCGUCCAUCUUCUGUUAGUUGUCACUGAUAUUUCUUACACUGAAAUCUGCUAGCUUCCUCCCCACACUCCAUGUAAGAAAUAACAACUGACAUUUGAGAGUCGACUCAAAACAUUUUUCCAUGUUCUGUUAAGUCAAUACAGCAUUCAUGAAUCAAGCCUAUGGACUCAAUUCAGAUUUACUUAGGCAAUGCAAAAAUUGAUACUUAAAUAAUGGCUAGAUGCAUUCCCCACUGGUCUGUCUUCUCAUCCUUAAAUUAGUGAUAUGGGGUGAGAGAAUGACUGUAAUCCCUUUUUCAAAAGGAAUAAUAUUAUCACCAUCUCCUUGAAAUGCUGUCCUGGGUUUCUUCCAUGUAUUGUGGCUAGACUCAGUUACACUCACUCUACAUCCAUCAUCCUUCCCCUCCCUGGUACUGGAAUAGUGAAAAUGAAAGUGUUGAUUUCAUCGGUUUUGUUUCUACUGGAACACUUGUGAUCAUGUUGGAGAAGUGGGACAUCUGCAUCUGUCUCUUGUCUUGCUGAAGAUGAAAACUUUGAGUAAGGAUGGGUCACAUCACACAAUCAUGACUUGGAAUAGGUGAGGCAUACAUGCUACCUCUCAAUGAUUAGCUGGCUAGUGAGUUGUAUGGUGUCAAAAAGCAAAUGAAGUAAGCAGUUGCUGUGUCUGUUACUCACUGUUAAUUUUAUAUGUACUGUUUCUUAUGCACAGCAACCUAGCACAUGGAGACUCAUGUUGAGUUUUGCUGUCAGUUAAGCAAUGGUGGUCACGUACUGAUCAACAAAAACCAGCCUAGAAAUGGAAGAAGUCAGUACUUAGCAGACCUUCUUAUCAGUUGACUGAACCGAGCUUUCUGAUGCUGUUUAAGUGCAGUUGCCAAAAAAUACAUCUGUCACUGUUGUGGGAAGUAACUGUCUCUUCUGAUUGUGGAGUCUCUUAAUGAAUUAUGGCAGCCUUCUGUUUUGAAGGAGUAGAGAGACUUAAAGUAGUGACUGUAUCUUGCCUGUUAACCAGAUGCUUAAACACAGUUACUUGGUGAAAGGAAUAAGCAAUGUGGCUGUUCAAUGAAGCACACUGCAGCACUAAAUUAACAAAUACUGUUUCUUUUUGAGGUGAAGGAGUAGUGAAUACUGUUCAGUAAUUAGUAUUGUAAUUUGAGGUUGAAAAACAUUUUUAACGUGUACUAGAUUGCUCUUGUGCAUUCCAUUUCUGAACUUUGAAAAAAGUAAGUAGAUACCAGAACCUCUGUUGGUCUGAGGUUUCACAGGGACUUAUUGCAAACUCAUUGUCUUCCAUAACUAGUUCAACUUGUCAGGCAACUCAUUGGAUUGGGGAAACUGUACUAAAUAAAAGGUGCUGUAAUCUUCAUUCUUGUCAAGUUAAAUUCCUUCUCUGUUAAUGUUAUCUUGUAUGCGCAGAAAGAAUGGUUAACCAAUUCUGGAAAUAUUUAUCUUUGAACAGUGUAAUUAAUUGGUAUUACAAAGCCAGCUUGACAAUACAGUUUUGAAGCACAGCCUGGGAGCCUGCUGGCUUGCAGAACUUGUCAUUUGAGCUGUAUUGCCUGUGUCUAAAGCCUAAGUACCUAAUGGGACUCUUGAAGCUGUAGCACUUCACCAAGAAGGUUUCCUCUUGAGCUUACAUGGAUAAAGUCCAUUUUUGAGUGCACAUUGUGUAUAUGGAAAAUGAAUGUCUGCUUCUGGAGGAAGACAACUCAUUUAGGUUUGGUGUUAGUUGAGACCUAAAGGUUAAGUCCUUAAUUAACCUAAAGGAUAAACAACAGUUGAGUUCACAGUGCAAGCUUAUCUAGGUCAAGCCCCUCUGGGGCGGAUUAUAAAAUGUGUCUAGCAAAACUGAAUAAGCUUUCCUUCCUAUAUGAAUAAUGAACUCGGCAAAGCUCACAACGAGCAUCUCAGCUGUAUUGGCUUGAGACUUGCGUGCUUUGACCUUUGAUCUCUUUAAAGUACCUGACAGUAUUUGAUAGGACAGAUGAAUUUCUACUCGGAACAGUGAGUCUGCCACUGGUGUGCUUACAGUCCAUGUGCUGUUCUCACUCAGGUUAUCUUUUAUUUUUUUUAUCAACUGAUAAAGCUCCACCACUGAGGUGGACUUGGAAGAAGGUGCUUGCUGUUCCAUGGCUUGAUACUGCAUCUCUUCAGUGUCCUGUGCUUGUCACCUUUUCCGGAAAGAUUAGGCCUGGAGACUAAAUACAACAGCUCUUCAGUAUUCCUCGUCUGUACUUCUGGCAAACUUCAGUUUAACUUUCCAGUUACAGCUGAAAACAUGAUAGCUGAGGUAGCUGCCUUGUUUACUUCAUAACAGUUGGCAACAAGCAUUCUGACUUGUACCAGGAAGGCAAUAAAACUGCUCCCCAGACUGGAAUCCUGUUGCCUCCACCUCAUGGUGGAAGUGCCUGAAUGCAUGCCCCUCUACAUAGGGGCAUGACUUCCAGGUGUGCUUCACUGGACAUCAGUGGACAUAAGCAUCGGGUGGGUUGAUUAGAGUGAAUGAAAAAAUGGCAGACAAAUGCUUGCUUUGGACUUGAGGGUUUCUUGUGAGUGGAGCAAAGGGAGCUUUGGUUUCUAAUCUAAAUGACUCCUUGUGGAUCAGGUACAUGAAACAAGGAGGACUGGCAAGAGGGGGGGGGUGUGGCUGCCUGCUAGCCAUGCUGUGUAGCUGAGGCAGCUGAAGGCUAUAUUGAAGCUGAUAUAUUCUAGUAGCCUUUUUGUGUUAGCUAAUUAAGGAGCAAGACUUGUCUUCAUCAGUAUAAUGUGCUCUUAAAUCUUUCUGGAGCAUGGCUGUGGGCAAGUAACUGGAUAUUUGAAGCUGGAAGUCACGCAAGACUUGACUAUGCACUUGCACUUAAGCAUUCAAAUAUUAUUCUUGCGUAAUAGCUUAACAUAAAGUCAGGGAGCCAGUUACUGCUAUAUGCAAUAUUCUAUAUGUGGCUUAACUGUGAGUAUUCAAGUGCUCCAGUCUUCUGAGCAAACAUCUGAAACAAGCCUCUGUUAUCAUGGGGGCCUAAGUCAUUAUAUGAAAAGCAGGUUAAACUCCAGGAGUGCAAAGGCAGACUUGACUUUCUUUUUUCUGUAGAGGUGCAUCUCUUCAGAUGAGUAGAGGUGCAACAUGAAGUGCGUCUUCAAUGACUUGUGCCAUGUAUGUUCUCUACAGACUAAUACGCCUCUACAGCAAUUUCUGGGUGAAUAAUUGAUGAAGAGAAAGAUGUAUGCAUAUAUUUAUUGGGCAUUACAUUUCAGUAAGGUGUUAAUAGCCAUCUGAGGUUUCAGUUAAAUCCUACCUGGCUAACAUAAUCUUAAGAAUGCUUCAGGUCUGAGGCACAAAGCUACAGUCUGAAACGUAGUAAGAGGUAGGGGGGGAAAUACAUCUAACUAAAUGCUCACCAAGAGCUUUUUUAUAAGCUUUCCAAAGUGUUAACCCAGUACUUAGGGCUGACAGGUCUAUCAAUUCUUGCUCAAAAAGAGGAUGCUCUUUAUUAAUUCAACUCAGAGCUUAUGUAGACAGAAGCUUUCUUUAAUUGCUGUAAGCAUAUGUUGCAAUGUUCACCUCUUGUUGACUUUAGUUGGGAGAAGGAGGGAAGAGGAACAAAAACGCUAUGAUUUUUCACUGUAAUCUCCACACUUCAUGGGAAUGGCAGGUGUUCCUCUGGGGAGGGGAAGGUGUUAUCUCUAACACCAAGAAAGAGGUUUAGCAUAGAGGAAGUGAUUAGGAUUGCAAGAUUUUAAUAAAACUGCCUCUAAACUAUGAAUGCUAUACUAUACAAUGUAAAUUCUUAUUUUCCUUACAUAGCUUCAGAGCUUUGUCUCUAACUUGCACAAACAUUUUUAAUGUCUAUAAAACUGGUCACUUCUCAUUAUCAUGCUAAUACAACUGAUUUGUAUUACUAUUGAUAAUAAAAAGAAAAACAGA